AUGAAGGUUUCCAACCAGGUGUCGAGCUCGCGCAGCAAGUCUCGCAAGGCCCACUUCACUGCUCCUUCUUCGGUGCGUCGCGUCAUCAUGUCUGCUCCUCUCUCCAAGGAGCUGCGCGAGAAGUACAACGUCCGUGCUCUGCCCAUCCGGAGGGACGAUGUUGUCCAGGUCGUCCGCGGCUCUCACAAGGGCCGUGAGGGCAAGGUCACUUCCGUCUACCGUCUGAAGUUCGCCGUCCAGAUCGAGAAGCUCACCAAGGAGAAGGCCUCUGGCGCCGGUAUCCCUCUUAACCUGGCUGCUUCCAACCUCGUCAUCACCGAGCUCAAGCUUGACAACGACCGUAAGGCCAUCCUCAAGCGCAAGGGCGGUGUCGACGCUGAGUAA